GCUCCUCCCCAUCCAGUUCCUCCCCGCUCGGCUCCUCGCACCCAGCUGGGUUCCGCGGGCCCGGGGCCGCUCGCCCAGCGCCUGCUCUGGGUGGGGAGGACGCGCCUGCCCUCGUCGAGAAAACUUUUCCUGCCGACUCGGUCGGGGGGUGGCGGUGACAGGAAGUCGGGGGCAGCGACCUCUCCUCCGCGCGCCCCGCGCGCCCUGCCGGCUGUUGGCGCCGAGCUCGGAUCAAGUUUGCGCCGGCCCCUUCCCGACUAAGGGCGAGUCCCGUCCGGAGAGCGACGCCCGGCCCCAGGAGGGCGGCGGGCCGGGGCCAAGGCUGAGGGCGCGCCGUGGCGCCGGGGACGGCGUGCGGAGCGGGGCCCGGACCCGCACCCGCAAGCGCGGCGGGCGCGCAGCCCGGGCGCAGGGAGCCUCCGGUGGCCGCCUCCGGGUGAAGACGAUAGCGUGGCCUGGGUUCUAGCGAGGAAAAUGAAGUUAAGCCGCCAGUUCACCGUGUUCGGCAGCGCGAUCUUCUGCGUGGUGAUCUUCUCGCUCUACCUGAUGCUGGACCGGGGUCACUUAGACUACCCCAGGAGCCCGCGGCGCGAGGGCUCCUUUCCCCAGGGCCAGCUCUCCAUGUUGCAAGAAAAAAUAGACCAUUUGGAGCGUUUGCUAGCCGAAAAUAAUGAGAUCAUCUCAAAUAUUAGAGACUCGGUCAUCAAUUUGAGUGAGUCUGUGGAAGAAAGUCCAAAAAGUUCACAAGGCGACUUCAGCCAAGGUGCUGGCCCCCAUCUUUUGCCAUCACAGUCCUCCCUUCAGGCCCACCCUGCAGACUGUCUGUUUGCUUCACAGAGUGGAAGUCAGCAUCCAGAUGUGCAGAUGCUGGAUGUAUACAGCCUCAUCCCUUUCGACAAUCCUGACGGUGGAGUUUGGAAACAAGGGUUCGAUAUUACCUAUCAAGACGACGAAUGGGAUGCCGAACCCCUUCAGGUCUUUGUGGUGCCUCACUCUCAUAACGACCCAGGUUGGUUGAAGACUUUCAAUGACUACUUUAGAGACAAGACUCAGUAUAUUUUUAAUAACAUGGUCGUAAAGCUGAAAGAAGACUCAAGCAGGAAAUUUAUGUGGUCUGAGAUCUCCUACUUUGCAAAGUGGUGGGACAUUAUAGAUACUCAGAAGAAGGAUGCUGUUAAAAGUUUGCUAGAAAAUGGUCAGUUUGAAAUUGUGACAGGUGGCUGGGUUAUGCCAGAUGAAGCUACUUCGCAUUAUUUUGCCUUAAUUGACCAACUAAUUGAAGGGCAUCAGUGGCUGGAGAAACAUGUAGGAGUGAAGCCUCGGUCUGGUUGGGCUAUAGAUCCUUUUGGCCAUUCACCAACAAUGGCUUAUCUUCUGAAACGUGCUGGAUUUUCACACAUGCUUAUCCAAAGGAUUCAUUAUGUAGUGAAAAGACACUUUGCAAGGCAAAAAACGUUGGAGUUUUAUUGGAGACAGAACUGGGAUCUGGGAUCCGUCACAGAUAUUUUUUGCCACAUGAUGCCCUUCUACAGCUAUGACAUUCCUCACACCUGCGGACCUGAUCCUAAAAUAUGCUGUCAGUUUGAUUUUACACGGCUUCCUGGAGGAAGAUUCGCUUGUCCCUGGGGAGUAGCUCCAGAACCAAUAACUCUUGCAAAUGUCCAAAGCAGGGCUCGGAUGCUUCUAGAUCAGUAUCGGAAGAAGUCGAAGCUUUAUCGUACUAAAGUUCUUCUGGUCCCGCUGGGAGAUGAUUUUCGCUUCUGUGAAUACACCGAAUGGGACGUACAGUUCAAGAAUUAUGGGCAGCUUUUUAAAUUUAUGAAUUCUCAACCUCAAUUUAAAGUAAAGAUACAGUUUGGAACUUUAUCAGAUUAUUUUGAUGCAUUGGAUAAAGCAGAUACAACUGAGAGUAAGAAUGGCCAAUCAGUGUUCCCUGUUGUAAGUGGAGACUUUUUCACCUAUGCUGACCGGGACGAUCAUUACUGGAGUGGCUACUUUACAUCUAGACCCUUUUACAAAUGGCUGGAUAGAGUCAUGGAAUCCCGUUUACGGGCUGCUGAAAUUCUUUACCAUUUCGCCCUGAAGCAAGCUCAGAAAUACCAGAUAAAGAAAUUUCUUUCAUCACCACAUUACACGUCACUGACAGAAGCCAGAAGGAACCUGGGACUGUUUCAGCAUCAUGAUGCUAUCACAGGAACUGCCAAAGACUGGGUGGUUGUGGAUUAUGGUACCAGACUCUUUCAUUCAUUGAUGCUUUUGGAGAAGGUCAUUGGAAAUUCUGCAUUUCUUCUUAUUCUCAAGGACAAACACACAUAUGAAUCCUAUUCUUCAGAUACCUUCUUAGAGAUGGAAUUGAAACAAAAGUCACAAGAUUCUCUGCCACGAAAAAAUGUAAUAAAGCUGAGUGCAGAACCAAGGCACCUUGUGGUCUAUAAUCCUUUAGAGCAUGGCCGAAGCACGAUGGUCUCCAUCCAUGUGAGUUCCCCCACGGUGCAGGUGCUGUCUUCUUCCGGAGAAACUUUGGAAGUCCAAGUCAGUGCCGUGUGGGAUGCGGAAAGGACUGUUUCACAGACGGCCUAUGAGAUUUCUUUUGUAGUACAUAUUCCACCACUGGGACUGAAAGUGUAUAAGAUUUUGGAAUCAGGAAAUUCAAAUUCCCAUUUAGCUGAUUACACCCUGUAUAAUGGUGAAGCAAAAGAUAAUGGAAUUUUCAGCAUGAAGAAUGCAAUAGAUGCCAAAGAAGCUAUAACUAUAGAGAACUCCUUUAUUACACUUUGGUUUGAUCAUUCUGGGCUUAUGAAGAAAAUGGUAACCAAAGAAGAUGGCAAACACCAUGACAUAACUCUGCAGUUUUCAUGGUAUGGAACUACAAAUAAAAGAGACAAAAGUGGUGCCUACCUCUUCUUGCCUGAUGGCAGUGCCAAGCCUUAUGUUUACGAAAAACCACCCUUUGUGACAGUGACACGUGGAAGGAUGUAUUCAGAAGUGUCUUGCUUUUUUGACCAUGUUACCCAUCGAGUCCGGCUCUACCACAUACAGGGAAUAGAAGGACAGUCUGUGGAAGUUUCCAAUAUUGUGGACAUCCGAAAUUCAUUUAACCGUGAGAUAGCAAUGAGAAUUUCUUCUGAAAUAAAUAGCCAAAAUAGAUUUUAUACUGACCUAAAUGGAUACCAGAUCCAACCUAGAAUGACAAUGAGCAAAUUGCCGCUUCAAGCAAAUGUGUACCCCAUGACCACCAUGGCCUACAUCCAGGACGCCAAACAUCGGCUAACGCUGCUCUCUGCUCAGUCCUUGGGUGUUUCCAGUUUGAGCAGUGGUCAGAUUGAAGUCAUCAUGGAUCGAAGACUCAUGCAAGACGAUAAUCGCGGCCUGGGGCAAGGCGUCCGGGAUAACAAGAUUACCGCCAAUCUCUUCCGAAUACUGCUAGAAACAAGAACUGAUGUUAACCUGGAAGAAGAGAAGAAUCCUGUCAGUUACCCCUCCCUCCUCAGCCACCUGACUUCUUCUUUCCUGAAUCAUCCAGUCUUUCCGAUGACAGAGAAGUUCGCGCCCACCUCCAAGCUGCUGGGUGAAUUCGCUCCGCUCGCGUCAUCUCUGCCCUGUGACAUUCACCUCGUUAAUCUGAGGACGAUUCAAGCCAAGGUGGGCAGCGGCUACUCCGAUGAGGCAGCCUUGAUCCUCCACAGGAAAGGCUUCGACUGCCGCUUCCCCAGCAGAGGCACGGGACUGCUUUGCUCUACUACUCAGGGAAAGAUGCCAGUACAGAAGCUUUUUAGCAAGUUUACUGUUGCAAGCCUCACACCUUCAUCGAUAUCCUUGAUGCAUUCACCCGCAGACGCCCAGAAUAUAAGUGAGAUCAACUUGAGUCCCAUGGAAAUCAGCACAUUUCGAAUCCGCUUGAGAUGAACGUGACCUUCAGAUUUGGCUCGGGAAGCAUUGGCUUUUCUACCUUUCUUGGUUUGACGUGCAAUAAAGAAGCAGAUUAUUUUAGCUUCUGGCUACUGUGAGAACAUGAUUCUGUGAUUUUAAAAAAUAAAUAAAUAAAUAAAACAGGACAGAAAGAAAAAAAAAGCCAUGCUAUGACCCAGGUUUCUUAAGUUUCUCCUAUGGACUACCACCAUCAGUAUGAAUCGCAGCAAGCGAAGAAAUAUUUAAAGACAACCUCUCAACAGCUUGUAUCUCAGGUUAAAUGAUAACUAAUUAUGUCUGUGUUGGGGGUUGUGCAGAGAUUCUUAUCUGUACUUGUGUCGCCAAUCCUUGUUAGUUUUACAGAAAUACCUGUCUGACCAAAAUGGAGUAAAAAAAAAAAGUGGUGGGGAAUAGCUAAUGGCCAAAAUGGUUGCAAUUAUUCAUACACAUGAGAAAAAGUUGUGUGUGUUGAAAUACGUGGAAAAGUGCAAUCCCUCAGCCCUUAUGAUAAACAUAGUUGAUUGUCACACCUUUUUUUAUACGAACCUCUUACCCCUUCCCUUUGUAACUAUUUCCGGAAGUACCUGAUUUUGAAUCGUUCAGCAGUAGAAAAAGAGGCAUAUUUUCAUUACUUGACAAUGUGGGAUAGGUGCAAUUUAUUCCAUUGUCACUGAGAUAGAAGAAGCAAUUCCAUAGGUACCAUAAACCUAUUUUGGGUACCACAAAGGUGUCUUUUUACACAGCUCAUUUGAAUACAGGUGUUCUGAGAUGGGGGUUUUCUAUUUUAAAAUUACCAUAUCAAAAUAAAUGUGCCUUAUUUUUUUAUAAGUCUUGUUAAAUCUUUUGGUGUCCAUAUUACUGUCUGGGGAAGCGGGGUGGGGGGGUAGGUAGGGGGAUGGGUACUUUUUAUGACGCGUAAUUUGUGUGAUUUUUGCCUGACAAUACCGGCCACCUUCUGAUCUGUUUCAUUCAAUUUGUGGUGAUGUCACUCUAAACAUUUUGACUAUUUGAAUGUACUGAGAUGUCAGAUAACAAAAUAAGGAAGGAAAAUAUUGUUAAUUAAAAUAUGCUGCUGCCAAGGAAACCACAACUUGAAGCCAGGAUUUUGUGGCACACAAAAUCCAGAUGUUUCCGUUUCACAGUAGUUAACCGUGUUGAAGAGAGAAUGCUUUAAGACAGACCCUGGUUUGGAACCCACUUACAUAUAACUCAUCAUUACCUUAUUCAAGAAUGUUUGUGUAGCUGAUUGCAAACUCUUGUUUGUGCUAACCUCAGAGUCACGUUCCAAGCCCAUGUGCCAUUAGAGAACUUUUAAUAAACUUUAGUUGGGAUCCUUGUUUCCUUAAUAUUAAAAUAGCAGCAAUAUUAGCUGGCAACUUUUAGAAUAUUUAGUUCCCACAUAGAAAGGAUUCUUUGAGUAUGUCCAAAGUUUUCGCAAAUUCUGACUUUAAACUUCCUUUUACUUCUUGCCAUUCCAACAUCUUUCUGGAAAAAUGAAAGCCGAUUUCCGUCUUACCACGUAGUCUGGAUUUUCCCUCAAGAUGCAGCUCCUAAGGUGGUUGUUGUUACAUUAAAUUCAUAACCUCCUUCGCCUUUAAUAAUUAAGGAAACAAUACCAGUGUUGAUAAAGAUAUUACAGAGAGGUUUAAUUUCAUGCAAUAAACUUGUACUGUACAUUUCCUUCCUCGCUUUUUCAAGAAUAAACAACUAAAAAAAAAAUAGGUUUUUUUGUGGACAUCUAUAGAUGAUAAGGUUGCCAGAAGCAAAUCCCAGGAGCAAGAUCAGUAUUUUCAUUGCAUCUUCAAUGUCAAGCCUUCCUAUGGGAGUUCACUGUGUUUUGUGGUUAAGUGGGUACGCUUAAUCACUCUGGAAACUCUGAUCAGAUGAAAUAAAAAAUCUGAUGCAAUAACAGUAGUUUUGCCACUUCUGGUUGUUUGAGAUCGAUCUGUCCCAUGUCAGUCGAGGUUUUAUUCCAUGUGUGUUGCCACCAGCUGUUCACAGGUAAAGCAGAAGGUCACCAUAACCAGAGGUUUCUGCAUUCAAGAGUUAGCUUUUAGAUGAAACCAGCAGGGAGAUGAAGAAGAGGAUGCUUCUGCUUUGGGUUGUGGUCAAGAACUGAGCAAAUAAUGUCACCGGCACACACUGAAAACCAUGCACUGCGGUAGUGAUCUCCGUGGCAUAUUAGGUUUUAUUGCAUUUAGUAGCACAGUUGUUUAGUAGUCCAAGUAGCUUGUUACUUUCCCUCUCCCCCCACCCCCUGCUUCCCUCCCUCUUUUCCCCUCCCCCUCUCCCUCUCUGGAAAUUUUAAUUUGAGGUUAUAACUGCAGUCUUCAAGAACUGAGCAUCCUUGUUUUCUAUAAAUAAUUAUGAAAAUGCUGUAAAAUGUGUUGUAAGACAUUGUAAUUAUCUUCCCAUGUCUUUGUUGUAGUUGUGCCGAAAUGUUUUCAUAUUCUUUUGUCUGAAAGAAAAUGUUUGCUUUCAUUCUGAUUGUUUUCUCACCUUAGAAUCAACAGGUUUUGAUAUUUUCUCUUGGAAGAUUUUAUAUCUUUUUGGGAUUCUGUAAUAUAAGAUCUCUAAUAAAAGAUAAUCUUAUCCUGUG